AUGGCUAAUUCAGGAAUGUAUGUCAAGAUGACUAAGAUAUCUGAAAUUACUAGUGGCAAAAUUGACUUUCAAUUGAGAGUACGUGUAAUCAAUUUAUGGUCCACUCCAGAUCGUGCUAAUCUUGCUGAGGAUGGAGCUCUCCACAUGAUUUUUCUUGACAAGGAUUGUGGAAAGAUAUAUGCAACGGUUAGGAAAGAUUUACUCCCUCAGUUCAAAGAUGAUAUUGAGGAGGGUGCUGCUUAUGUUAUGGAGAGAUUCAUGGUUGGUAAGAAUGACUCUUCUUUUAAGAGCACCCCUCAUAAGCACAAGCUUAAUUUCAUGCGUGGUACUAAGCUAAUUAAAGUGAAAGCUGCUGAAAUACCAUCAAACCAUUUCAAUUUUAUGCCUUUCCAUGAAAUUCUCACCUCUACUAAAGAGGACCAGCUGCUUGAUGUCAUUGGUCAUGUUGUUGAGAAGAAUGCUAUGAAAGAAACUGAGAAAAAUGGCAAGAUAAGUAAGGUCAUGGAUGCUACUCUCGAAGAUUUGGAAGGGAAUAGAAUCCAUUGUACCUUGUGCGAUGAUUAUGCUGAAAAGAUGCAGCGAUUCCUUGAUAGCAAUGAUCCAUCACUUCCUGUGAUACUUAUUUUCCAACUGUGUUCAAUGGGGGUUUCCAACUCUUUUUAUGGAUCAAAAUUGUUCUUGAAUGUUGAUAUGCCUGAGGUUGCUAGCUACAUAGAAAGGAUGAAUGCUGCAAAUGUAGAGUUAACUCAAGUUGUGAGUCAAAUGUCUGGACCACCUGUAGUUAGUGUUGCAGAUGAUUUGUUGCAAACACCUAGAAUGACAAUAGAGGAUCUCAUUGAAUCCACUGAGAAAUGUAGUGGCUCUGUUUUGGCUUGGGCUUGUGAGUUUGAUAUGGAUGCUGGUUGGUUUUAUCAAGCCUGUACUAGGUGUGCUUCUAGGAUCAAUUUUGUGGCAGGACAACUAUAUUGUGACAAGUGCAAAAUGCCAAGAACUGCCAUCCCAAGGUACAAGAUCAACCUUCAAGUGAUUGAUAACACAGGAUCAAUUACUUUUGUUAUGUUCGAUCGUGUGGUUUUCCAGGUUGUCGGACUAACAGCCCAGGAUUUGCUAGAUUCCAUGAAUAAUGAUCCUAACUCAGCUUCUUAUCCACAAGCACUUGAUGUGUUUAUCAACAAACAAAUGCUCUUCAAAGUUGAAGUGUCCGGUGCCAAUUUGUAUCGUAAUUGGCGUGGUUACACUGUGAAGAAAGUGACUUCUGAUGAGGAUAUUAUAAAGAGUUUCGCUUCUCUACAUGGAAUAGAUUUGGAUGUUAAUGCUGACAACACCAAUUUCGACCAGUUUGGGUGUGAUUUAGGAACCGAUAAUCCUCCGGUUCUACUUGAUGGAGUUGAAUCAAGCAAUAAUGUGCAUGACAAAGUCUCUAGCUCUGUCCACACUCCAACUAGCAAGUUGGCUGUCAAAGAUGUACCUGCCAUUGAUAGAGGUGGCGCAUCCUCCUCUAAGAAACCAGCUGCUCAGAGGGUUAUUGACCUUGGUGAAGACAAUGUGGCUCCUACUGCUGUAGAUGAUCCAUCCACAGGCAGUGUAGAUGGAAAAAAAACUGCUGAUCUAGGAGAAGCCCAGCUUGCCACUGCAAAGGAAGUCAAUCUGCUACCUGUGAAAAUUGAGGGUCCUUAG